CGGUGCCCAGCCUGCUGUCGGACCGGAGGGGAGCCUGCCCUCCCUUGAACUUCAAGCCCCGGUUUGCAGUGAUCCCGGAGUGUCCUCCUCCCUGUGUGAGCUGUGUAGGUGCCUACGUUGGUUCGCCGAGGCCCCUCCACGGCGGUGCACGGGCUGGGCCAGGCCGGGCAGCCAUGGCUGACGAGAAGACCUUCCGCAUCGGCUUCAUCGUGCUGGGGCUCUUCCUGCUGGCCCUCGGCACGUUCCUCAUGAGCCACGACCGGCCCCAGAUCUACGGCACCUUCUACGCCAUGGGCGGCGUCAUGGUGAUCGGGGGCGUCCUCUGGACCAUGUGCCAGUGCUACCCCAAGGUCACCUUCAUACCCGCAGAUGCCGACUUCCAAGCCAUCCUGUCCCCGAAGGCGCUGGGCCUGCUGGAGAAUGGGUUCGCCGCCGAGAGGAAGAGCCCGGGCCCCCAGCCCCCCUACGCCAGGCUGUGGGAGGAAGCCGCCUAUGACCAGAGCCUGCCUGACUUUAGCCACAUCCAGAUGAAGGUCCUGGGCUGCAGUGAAGACCCUCGCCCCCUGCUGGCCCCCAAGCAGGGACAGCUGCAGCUGGGAGCCAGUGAUAGAGGAGAAGGUGGCCCUCGUGACACUCAGGCCUGGACGGAGGCCGCUGUGGUCAUCCACAGGGGCUCGGACGAGGACAAGGGAGAAAGAAGCCCAACUCAGAGCAGGCCCAGCCCCCCGGCCUGUCCCCAGGGCCCUGCACCCUUGGCUUCCUUCCCGGAUGAUCUGGACAUGGGCUCCAGUGAGGGCAGCAGCCCCAACCCAUCUCUGCCUGAGGGGGAGAAGCCUCGGCCCCCACCCCAGGAGCCCUGGGCCUGCAGGUGCCGGCUGGACCGCUUCCACGACUUCGCCCUGAUUGACGCCCCCACGUCGGAGGACGGGCCUCCAGAGGGCCAGUGGCGGGAGGCAGCCCGGUCCAGCUCCUGGCAGCGGUCCCCGAGGACAAAGGAGGAGGAGGAGGAGGAGGCUUCGCACACAGGCGCAGAGGAGCCUGAGCGGGAAGAGGAAGAUUUGUACUAUGGGCUGCCGGACGGUGCCGGGGACCCCCUCCCGGACAAGGAAGUGGGCUUUGAGCCCGACGCCCAGGGCUGAGAUGGAACUGCUCCCUGGGUUCUAACCUGGCGCCACUGCUAACCCCUGUGUGACCUCACAGGGCCUCAAUUUC